AUGUGCCUACAACGUAUAACGGAGCUAACAUUGGAAAUCAUCUCGGUCUGGUUAAUAUGGUGUAUGAAAUUCAUGUUCGUGCAAGACUUGAUAAGUGAUCUGAAAGAGGAACACGUAAUGCACGCAAUGAGUUCUGAGCUUGACUUUCGUGAAAAUCAAACAGGAAGCCUAGGACGAGUGUUUUUACAAACUGUAGAGAGUGAUUCCAACAUAGAAUCUCAGAUCUACAUGUCAAAGCUUCAUGUUAUAAACACCAGCGAGCUACAGCGGAUGGCAACACGAUGCGGCAAUAGCCAAGAUACCGAUUCCAAUUCCCUAAAAUACUACAGCAACCAUCGCGUCGCGAACGAAUGUGGUGGAGCCGCAGUGACGACCAUUCCAAGCAAUUCACCCGAAGGCCAAUAUAUUAUCGAAUGGUUUGCACAGAGUAUGCAAUACAUGCCAUACCAGGCCCAGGGAGGAUGGAAGACCUCACUGGCCGAAAGGUUCAGUGAGUACUUGUGUCAUACGGCCAAUAAGGGUCUACUUCGAGGAUUCGAAGACGAGAGAAUGACACAUGUAAUGGCUUUGAACUCUGAAUGUGAGGAUGGAUUGAUCACCGAGCUCAGGGGGCUUUCCACUACGCUUGCUGUCACGAAAAACGGUGUCGCUUUCGAGACAGUGGGGGUUUUUAUUCUCGGACCUGUUUCCGGUGCUCAAGUGUGUCGCGAACAUGGAGUUUCGUUUACUUAUGAUGAAGUCAUGUGCUGUAUGGGCCAUAGCGGAAAAAUCCACUCUUGGCAUGGGCGCGAUGACGUUAAGGAGCAGGAGGCUUUGAGAUUCAGGACUCACGAGGAAGCCAACUCCAGUGUAGAGGUUUUGAACAUCACUCCAGACAUUCAAAUGAACGCCAAAGCCGUGGGAAGCGAAUUCCAAGCAGUGGCGUCACUCAUGGCAAGCCAACGGGUGGUACAAGGUCUCCAAAGAAGUCUGACAAGGGUUUUCGAGAAGGAGAAGAAAGAACGGGAGGGGCGUAUUGAACGCAACGACUUGGCUCUUAGAGAAGAUGCCCACAACAGGAUGGAAAAACUGAUAGAAAGGAGAGUAUACUUGCCACUUGUUCGGAACGUUGAAGUACUUGGGCCGUUGCUCGGCCAGAAACUCAAAGCCGCGCUGCUGGGCAAUAAACAUGGGAUGGAGCCUGUCAACCUAUCUGAAGACGACAAAACCCCAAACGCUCCGUUCAUCAAGAAAUACGGCAAUGAUGCGGCGGUCUCCUCCAAGAUCGUCAAAUACGGAAAGAGCCAUGAGUUUAAAAAACUGGAUAGCUGGCCGAAUGACAAACCGUUCACGAACUCAGAUGAAGAGGAAUGGAAGAAGAUGCCCGCGCCGAUGGUUGAGGACGGUGCCCAGACUGGUGACCACGUCAUGAUCGCGCCGUUCCUCACCACCACUAAGAUUGAGAUCUAUGAGCUUGUGGAGGAGGUUACGCAAUUGUUUCAAUAA